AGUUAGAGAGACCGGUAGUGCUGACAGCCAGACAGGCAUCAAAUGGUAGACUUUCUUCUGUUUACGGUCAGGCUUUUGAAGAAGUGCAAUUUGCGAUGCGAUUCCGGUGUGUUUAGCAGAUAAAGAGGAGCCAGAGAUCCAGUUCCUUAUGGCUCUGUAUGAUGAGAACCUCCAGAACAACCCUUUUUAUCUGGCGCUGGAGAAGCAGCGACCCGACCUGUGCAGCAGAGUGGCAGAGUUCCAUGGCAUCGGCUGACUUCAAGUUUUCAUAACAAUCGGCCUUUUUGGAUGCCGAUUAUGGCCGAUUACAUUGCAAUCCACAAGGGGACUGCGUGGCAGGCUGACCACCUGUUACCUGAAUGCAGCAUCAAAAGGAUCUUGUGGCUGCAAGGAGCCAAGGUUUUGGUGCCGUGCCGUGGAAGUCUAACCCUUGGGGCGUACACAGCAGCCCAGUUUGAAACCUACGUUUUACAGCCCUCUGGAGAGGGAUAUCAGACUGUAGAUGGGAAGGAGCUGACCAUCCAGGACAGCCAGGUCAGACUCGGCGCAGGGUUCCAGGCCCCAGCCAACGUGCCCAUCCUGUUUGAGGAGACCUUUUACAAUGAGAAGGAGCAGAGCUACAGCAUCCUCUGUAUCACCAGGCCCAUCGACACAGACCAAAGCCCAGUGGAGGUGACCCCCAGCCCAGGCCUGUACUGUCUGAAGAAUGUGGAGGAUGUCAGGGAGUUUCUGGGCCGCCAUGCGGAGAAACUGGACAAGUUCAUAAGCAGCUUCUGCCAUUCCUUUAAAGAGCAGGAAAGGAAAGGACUGCGACACCACAUUGACUCAGUGAAUGCCCUUUAUACUAAAUGUCUUCAGUGCCUGUUGAGAGACUCAAGCCUGAAAGUGCUGGCCAAACAGGAGCUCCAGAUGACUCUCCUUAAACAAGCGGUGGAAAUGUAUAUACAUCAUGGUAUCCAUGAUUUAAUCUUCAACUUUGUGGGAACUCUUGAAGCCAGCCAGGAUUCUGCCUUCAACAAAACCACCAGGGGUCUGCAGGACCUGCAGCAGAAAGACUUGGGGGUCAAAUCUGAAUUUAGUAUAAAUAUACCCCGGGCCAAGAGGGAGCUGAGCCAGUUGAACCACUGCACCUCUCCUCUACACAAGCUGCUCUGCCUCAGAAAGGUGGGACUCACCAUCAUGCAGUCCCCCAGCAGCUCAGUGAGCAUAGAGGCUGUAUGUGCAGACGAUCUUCUCUCUGUCAUUCUGUACUUACUGGUGAAGACGGAGAUCCCCAAUUGGAUGGCCAACCUGAGCUACAUCAAGAACUUCAAUUUUUGUAACUCCACCAAGGACGAGCUGAGCUACUGGCUGACGUCGUUCGAGGCCGCCGUGGAGUUCAUCAGCCAGGGCAACCUCAACCUGAGCCAGGAACGAAAGGUGACAGGCUCAGGGGAACUGAACGACAAGGUGCGUUUCACACAGAAAAUAAACCUGCUCUGUCAGAACGAUGCUACCCCCAUCAACUGUCUGUUUGAGUACAUAGCCAACGGUAACGAAGCGGAGGUCAAGCGUGUGUUGAGUGAAAACGAAAGCGAUGAGGAUGGGGUGAAAAUGUGUCACCCCCUUUGCUCCUGUGAUCACUGUGAGCUCCGGGUCUCUGGAAGACUGAAUGACCCGUCCAUUGUAACGCCCUUCUCUCGAGACGAUCGAGGAUACACGCCACUUCAUGUCGCUGCUGUCUGUGGUCAGUCCCUGUUGAUUGACCUGUUGGUGUCUAAGGGAGCUCUGGUGAACGCCACAGACUACCACGCCCUCUCACCCCUGCACCUCUCCUGUCAGAAGGGCUACCAGGGAGUCACGCUGCUGCUCUUGCACUAUAAGGCGAACACAGAUGCCCAGGACAACAAUGGAAACACUCCUCUGCACCUGGCCUGUAUGUAUGGACAUGAAGAUUGUGUUAAGGCUCUGGUGUACUACGACCUGCCCACGUGCCGUCUGAACAUCCAGAACGACAAGGGGGACACCCCACUGCACAUCGCGGCCCGCUGGGGCUACGAGGGCAUCAUCGAGGUUCUAUUGGAGAACGGAGCCAGCACCGCCAUCUACAACAAGGCCAAGGACUCUCCACUACAGUGUGCUUUGAAUUCUAAGAUUUUGACGCUGUUGGAGUUGACACACAACAGUUCUCACAGAAGAGAUAGCAAUGAUUCCCCUAACCGCUCUCCCGAGGCCUCUGACUGCAGCAGCCGCCGUUCCUCUGUCUCCAGCACCACCUCCCAGAGCUCUGAGGCCAGGCCCGACUGCGACAGGGUCCUCCACAAAGAGGUGGAGAAGUUGCUGCGUGCGGCAGCCGAUGGAGACAUAGAGAUGGUGCGGUACCUGUUGGAGUGGUUGGACGAGGAGCCAGAGGAGGAAGCAGGGCUGCCCUCUUGGACUAAGUUGUGCCACCCACUGUGCCAGUGUCCACACUGUGGGCCAUCACAGAAGAAGUUUGUGUGCCUGCAGGCCAGUGGUCUGGGCGUGAACAGCAGUAGUGUGGAUGGCUUCACUCCCCUCCACGUUGCGGCGCUCCAUGGUCACACGGCGCUGGUGUCCCUGCUCAGCCGCAACGGGGCCAACGUCAACGCACGCAACAGUCAGAGUGCCACGCCACUGCACCUGGCCAGCCAGAACAGCCACAUACAGGUAGUGACAUCACUGCUGGAGUGCAACGCCAAGCUGAAUAAGAAGGAUCGCUAUGGCAACACCCCUCUGAUUCACACCUGCCUCAGAGGUCACGUGGACACAGCAACCAUCCUGCUGCAGAGCAACGCCUCAGUGAACCUGUCCAACAACCAGGGCAACACGGCCCUGCACGAGGCUGUGAAAGGGGGUCACCUGGCCCUGGUGGAGCUGUUACUGCAGGCUGGAGCCUUGGUCCACAUGAGGAACAAGAGACAGAGGACAGCACUGGACUGUGCUGUGGAGACUAGGGGAAAAAACACUGAAAUCCUGAGGACUCUUCAGAAGGCAUCUGGACUCUCCCACAAUGCUGAACCAAUCAAACUGCUCUCUGUGCCCAAGGGGGCUCUGGCACACUCAUUUGUCCAGCGGCUAAAGCAUCAGCAGGAUAAUGCCAGUGGAAGACGUCAGAAGCUGGCCCAGUCAAUAAACCGUGUUCAACAAAUGAAGAAAGGUCUUCCCAGGGACACCAGUGUGCCUUCCAUCAACUCCCCCACUCCUGAGAGGAGGAAACUGAGGCGGGGGGAGACCCUGGAGAGCAGUGGGCCAUUCAGCAUCUGCUCCAGCCCAGAGGGAAGCCCCAAGCCUGGUGACCAAAGGGACAGAGAGAGGGCCCUGAGCCGCAGUCACACCGUGGACACAGUGCACCCCCAGUCUCCUCAGUGGGGCCGGGACCGGAGACACACAGGAGAGGCCGAGGUAAAGGAGGACACACACCUAGCUAAAGACCUUUCACACGCAGACACUCCAGGUGAACCCUUGCAUACGUACGCACCUGACAUACACACACCCGACGCGUCAAAUACACGCACACCUGACAUCCCAUCAAAUACACAACAAACACCCAGCAGCGACCCGUCACACACUCGCGAGGAUCCAUCACACACACCUAGCCAAGUCAAUGGAGACAAAGACCGAAACGGAGAGGGAGAAAAUGUCCACACCUCACCAGACACCGAAGUAAAGUCUAAGAGGAACUGUCCUGAGACUGAGAGCCCACCCAAAGACAUGGAGGACCUGGUAGAAGAACUGGUAGAAGAAAUAGAGGUACUCUGAGGCGCAGAGGCAGACCCCAGUCAGGUAAGAACUUGGGGUUAACCAGAGAAGAGUGGGGCCUACUUUUAGUUAGUUGACCUGACUGUUAUUGAAAGCACUUUUUCUCCUUGCCUUCAUGAAAAAGGGAUGCAAAACAUGUUAAUUCAACUUCAUGCGAAUGUAAUUCUGUUUUAGCUUAUUUUAGUUUUGUUGCUCACCCUUGAUAAAAGAGAUGGUUGAUAGAACAUUCUGACAGUGCAUAGUGACAUAGCAUAUCAGUAUGUUUUUGUUUUGUCUACUUGACGAAAAUGCUAAUCUGAACGUCUAUGCUCAUGUUACCUCUGGCCGUUUUUUAUUCGAACAUGUAAAAUCAGGGCUCUUUUUUUAUUUUUAGCAAUUUAGUUUAAUUUGAUUACACUCCUACGGUUUGGAUGUCAUUUAAAACAUUUUUUUUUUUACUGAGUUAGUUAUUCCCUUUAGAAAACCUUAAAUUGACAUUUCUAACCUAUCUGUAACACGAAAUGUACCUCCUUGGUGUGUGGCAUUUGAAUGACUAUGCAUAGUGAGGCCACACUUGUAUCCCAGUGAAUGUCAAACACUUAGAAUAGGUAUCUUGGUUGCUUUGUAGGUAGAGAGAGAACCAUAAGUGUAUACGCACAAAUCUAUAUACAGUAGCUCAAUCCAGUGACUCCACAAAUGGAUAGUACUGUAGUUAAAUACUGCUUUUGAGAAUAUAAUAACACAAUUGCCAUAUUUAAUUUGUUUAUCCAUCACUUUUUAGUGUAUUCUGAUAUUUAUCCUGUAGAAAACAAUAUAAUGCAACAACAAAAAAAGUGUUUAUUUAGCAUUCAACUGAUAAUUGUAUUUCACCUCCAUGGCAGUUGAUCCUAAUCCUGCAAAGCAAGACCAUAUAGGACCCAACCAAUUCUAUGGGGAGUUUGCACUUUACAAGUACCAUUUUUUUUUUGAAAAAUGUUUUUAUCAGCAACACUCUGAAAUCUCAGUAGUUUUGAACUGACAUUUAUUGAACGCAUCAUUAUCCAGCACAUACAGUACAUUGAACACAGAUGACUAGCAUCAGUGUACAGAUGUAUUUUUAUCUCAAAGUUACUGUUUUGGUUUAUACGGUAGUAGUUGUCCACUACAAUCUCAAUGUUGAUUAUUUUCGUACUAAAGUAUUUUAUUACAUUUUUUUAAUGUUAGAUGCAGUGAACGUGCCUUAUUUAAUUUGUCAAAAUAACCUGUAAUAAACCCAUGAUCGAGUCA